CCCGCGCAUCGCGCAUAGCUACUUCCCGCCGCGCAUUCACGACUGCAAUCACUUUCAUCGAUCGAGCCCGCCUACUCUAUCAUUUGCGCGCAACUGGCGCUUUAAGUUUCGAUGGCUCCUUUCCGAAACCGAGACCGUUCAAACAGGUCUGGUCGAGGCCAGACCGAGCAUAAUGUGCUCGACGGCCUACCGAUCAACCAAUACCGAGAGGUCGAAGUACCAAUCGGCCAAGCACCUCCAGAGGACAAGGUCAACCCCAAGGAUGCGAUAUGGCCUGAACUUCCCAUGCCAAGGGAUUCUCACAUGCUACCCGACCACGCCCAGCAGCUAUUGCGCGCAGCAAGAUCCGGCAGAGUGUUCAAAGCCCCCGGACCCCCAGAGGAAGACGGGGACGAUGCGGGCGAGGAGAAAGAGCAGAAGGAAUUGCCCCAGGGAUUCACCGUGAAGAAGUGGGUCAAAGUUGCGCGCCAUCUCGAGGAACCUGAACCCGAAUUUCUAGCAAAGAGGCGGAAAGGUCUUCCGUCUCAGUAUUCUACGAAUGGGAAUGCAAAUGGAUUUGCCGCCCCAGUAGCACCGCCUGCUCCGUUGAGAGAGACCAAAGUGAAGCAGCUGGAUUCGGAGGGCAAUGUCACCGUCUACAAAGCUCUCGUCCCCGAAGGCCAGGUCGUGGAGGGAGAAGUCCAGCCAACAGAUGCUCCAGCCGUAGUCGAAGCCGCGCCAGCUGCCGCAGCUCCCGGAACCGUCAUUGAAGGCGUGGGUGUUGCCAAUGCAGACGGAGUUGUGGUUGCACACGGCGUGGAAACACCUCAGCGCCGGAGGCCUCCACCCCCCAAACCGAGGAAGAAGAAGGCCGGUCCCGGAAGGGGCAGAAAGAAGGUUGUAUUCGUCGAAGGGCAGUCUGAGCAAGGUGCUCUCGCGCCUGGUGCUAUUUCUGCUAUCAAACAAGAAGGCACUUCGGUGGAGCCAUCAGAGGGAGGUGACACCCCUAUGGCAGAUGCCGGCGACGACGACGAAGGCGAAGACGAAUCUGAGGAAGAGGAGGGAGAGGGUGGAGAGGGUGGAGAAACGCCCGCCAAACCAGCCACGCCAUCCAAGGGACCUGAAGAUACAGAAAUGGCCGACGCACCACCAAUCCCUCCUCCGACACUCGAUGCUGUACCCGCUUCUAUUCCGGAUUCCGUGGUCGAUGUAGUCAUGGAAACUGCAAUUCCAUUGCCUGAUGCUGAGCCAAUUCAGGAGCUCAAUACACUUGGUAGUGAUACCCCCAAGGAAGUUACAGUCGAGUCUAUUCCGGCGUCUGCCUCAGAGACCCCAAUUACGAUCGAUACGGACGUUGUUGCUCCUCCCGUCGAACCUGUUCCUGAACCUUCAGCGGAGCCUGCACCCGAGCCUGUCGUAGAGCCCGUUUCGGAACCACUCGUCGAGCCAACGACUACAGUCACUCCAGAGCCUCCUGCUGAGCCCACGCCAGAGGCUCCAAGUGCCCCAGCUGUAGCAGCACAACCUACACCACCUCCCUCAUCAGUCGUUGAGCCAUCAGAAGCCCCAGAGCCCGCGCCUGCAGAAGAACCUACGGCUGUCGAGCCCGAAGUCGAAAAACCACAAGCUAGUGUUGAGAAAGAAAAGUCAACCUCGCCCGAACUUCCAUUAUCUCACAGCCGACAAAACUCGCUCACUGAGAUUCCGACGAUCCCAGCUCCUGAGACCGCUUCUACCGAAGAACCUGCUCCUGCUGAGCGUGUUCCUACAGAACCACUUCCCGCCGAACCCACGACUUCUGGGCCACCAGCGGCAGAGGUGCCCGCUCCGGAACCGAUUCCUACGGAGACUGCUACUGAAGAAGCACCUGCUGUGGAGGAGCCUGCUCCAGACCCGUCCCCUCCAGAAGUCCCUGCCGUGGAAACGACUGCGACAGAACCGAUUGCCACAGAACCGAUUGCCACAGAAGAGGUUGCUACAGAAUCCUCUACUGUAGAAGCCGUUACAAAAGAACCGACUCCCCCGGAGUCGACCACUCUUGAGCCUCCUUCGGCCGAGCCCGCUACUGCAUCGCCCGCUGCAGAGGUAGCGAAGACUGAAGACACUGUAGAGGUACCUGCAGCGCCAGAAGCGGCAGCAGAAGCGGCAGCAGAAACGGCACCUGAGCCUGCAAAGGAGUCGACGCCGGAAGAGCCAGAUUUGCUGGGAAGCCUAGAGGCACACCUCGACAAGGACAGCGCAGGAGCUUCCUGAAUCAGAUCAGAGUCUUGAUUCAACCCACGGGCACAGCAAUCAAAAGUUCCCUACGAGCGAUACAAACAAGUGCUGGGGACCAAAACGUUGCAACAGGCAUGGAAUAUUUCGAGAUGAAUCGCGAAGGUUAAUAUCUACAGUCGGACAUGAGUCUCGCCGUACACACAUUGGUCAAUCAUAUUGGGCCCGACAUGCUGGAACAUAGAAACCAGAGAAGGUCAGGGCGAGGAGUCUUUUGCAGUUCUGUAUAUCGCUGUAUUGGGUACUGUACAAUACCUGUAGGAUUUCCAGGUUCGGCGCUCAGGAAUAAGGUCUUACUAUAUCACAGGUCUCAUAGUUAUUUCAAAACUGUCCUUUCC